CAUUAGAAUAAUCCUACACUUAUUUCUCCCCCACUCUUCACUCACCCCCAUUAUUAAAACACUGCUAGCACUCCCAAGUGAGGAAGAUAAACAAACAAAAAAAGCCCUUUCUUUCUCACAAAGAAAUUGUGCUAAAAGAAAGAGACAAAGUGAUCAGAGCCCCACCCCUUCCCCUUUUCCCUAGCAUUAAGAGCCUUUUUUUCUUCUCUUCCCUGUGCCAUCUCUGAGACAACAAGAUUCCUAAUUAAGUCCCCAGCAUGUAUUCCUUUCCAUGUUCCAUUUGCUUCUCGUCCGGGGGGAAUUUCCUUGUACUUUAAAGAACCUCUCUCUCCACACACACACACACACAUAACACAACCUAACCCUUUUUUUCUUCACACUAUUAAUGCAAAAGUUGUGUGUAUAUAUGCAAAAGCUAUAGCUACAACAUAGCAGGGGAUGGGAGACAUAUGAUGCCAAGAUGUUACUAGUAUUUACAUUAUGAUCGAUAAGAUGGGUGAGAUGCACAGUUACUUACACAGAGGGGGUAGUAGUAGGGUAGGUGAAGCUGAAGAGGCUAUAUAAGAAGGCACAAGUUAUGUUGGUUCAGUUCAGACCGAAAAGCAAGACAAGAGCGACAAAAAGUUCUGCAUUCUAGCUUCUGGAUUAUUGUUUUUGAUAUCUAUCCAACUUUCAGUUGAGUAAUUUCCCAUUAUCACCAUCAUGGCUUCUUCUAAUAGACACUGGCCAAGCAUGUUCAAGUCCAAGCCCUGCAACCCUCACCACCAAUGGCAGCAUGACAUCAACUCCUCCCUCAUCUCCACUAGCUGCCACAGAAGCCCUUACUCUUCCGGAGGAGGUGGUGGUUGUGAGGAGAGAAGUCCAGAGCCAAAGCCAAGGUGGAACCCAAAACCUGAGCAAAUCCGAAUACUGGAGGCUAUAUUCAACUCUGGAAUGGUGAAUCCUCCGAGGGAUGAGAUAAGGAAGAUAAGGGCACAGUUGCAAGAGUAUGGGCAAGUGGGUGAUGCCAAUGUCUUCUAUUGGUUCCAGAACCGCAAGUCCAGGAGCAAGCACAAGCUUCGCCAUCUCCAAAACUCAUCAUCAAAGAACCUGAACCACCAUCACCACCUUGUUGAUCAAAAUCAUCAUACUCCCACUUCUCUCCCUCAAACCGCUACUACUGCACCCUCAUCCUCAUCAUCUUCAUCGUCUGAGAAAUCUUCCCCAAAAGAGCUUAUAAUACCUACCACCAAGGUGUUCUCCAUUGGAUUCUCCGAUGUGAUGCCUAAUUCUCCCACUGCUUCUGUGAACCAGACCUAUUUUCAGACCCGAAUUAAUGAGUCCAUUAUGCUUCCGUCACCACCACCACCAGUUGAGGCUUUCUUCUUCCCAGUGCAACAACAACAUCAUGGAGUAACAUCAUCAUCACAAGGGUUUUGCUUCUCUGAGCUGUCCAAUGUUGUUCAUCAACACAACAGCGUUGGUCCUUGCACUAGCCUCUUGCUUAGUGAGAUCGUAGGCCAUGGUGUUGCUUCUGCUUCUGCCUCAAAGAAAGACAAGUCUCAGGUGAAAAUAAUGCACCAGCCCUCACUGCUUAAUUUCUGUGUCACCACUCCAACAACAACAGCUCCUUCUACUACAACCACUGUUGUUGUACCUCCCAUCACUACUACCUCCUCUACUACUAUUCCAUCCCCCCUCAUGCAUCAACUUCAAGGUAUUGGAGAUCCAGGUGGUGCGGCGAGAUCAAUGGUGUUCAUUAACGAUGUGGCAUUCGAGGUGGCUUUGGGGCCCUUCAAUGUGCGUGAAGCCUUUGGAGAUGAUGCUGUGCUCAUCCAUGCCAGCACUGGUCAACCUGUGCUAACAAACCAAUGGGGUCUCACUCUUCAUUCACUCCAGCAUGGCGCUUGUUAUUAUUUGAUAUAGGAAGUAUAAAGCUGAAGAAUGAUGAUGAAUGCGAGGUUCUCUGUCUUUUUUUUCUCCUUAUCUAUAUCUACGUAUGUUUACUAUUAGGGUUAUUAGAUAGGGGUUUGUAGACACCGCUAAUUAUGAGAAUGACUUAAGAUAUGCUCUGUGUUGUUCAAGUAAUAGUAUGGGAUAUUAUGACUUUGUUGACCA